UUUUAUGCAUCUGAAUUAUUUUAAAUGCCGAAAUGAAACGUCUGGCCAUUUGUUACAUAAUUGUUACAGUUGCAUUUGGCGUUAACGUUGUUUUGAGCUCGACUUCGACAAAGUGGUAUAACUUCAAGCUCAAAUACGGAAAGCGUUACGCGACGCAUCAGGAAGAGCAAUAUCGGUUUUCUGUCUUUCGUAAAAAUCUACAAAAAAUCGCCAAACGCAACCGACAAUACGAAUUGGGCUUGAGCGGCCAUAAGCUAGGCGUAAACAAGUUUGCCGAUUUGGAUCGUUUCGAUUUCGGUCCAAAAACUGAUACUGCGUAUACCCAAAUUGCCAAUAAUACCACCCACAGUAUUUUCAAAAUACCCUCUUUAGCGGAAAUACCAACUGAAAUCGACUGGAGAAAACUCGGUGCCGUAACACCCGUGCAAGAUCAAGGAAGCUGCAGCUCCUGCUGGAGUUUUGCCAUCACCGGCGCGUUGGAAGCCCAGUACUUCCUCAAACACAACCGGUUGGUACCGCUGAGCAAACAAAACCUCGUCGACUGCGGAAAAUUGUACGCUAGAGGUCUAAAUGGAUGCAACGGCGCUGGUGUUCCAGUACUAAGCUACUAUUACAUACGAGACUACGGCAUCGAGAGUGAAGCUGACUAUCCGUACGAGGCAGUAGAACGAGACUGCAGAGCUGAUGCCUCCAAAGCGUUGACGCGAGUCAGUGAUUAUGUAAUGAUUCCGGCCAAUGAUGAAGAGGCUAUGAAGGCAGCGGUCGGUCUGGUGGGUCCAAUUUCCGUUACCAUCGACAUGCGGGACCUUUAUUUGUACCAGGGUGGAAUUUUUGAGAGUGACGAUUGUUUAAAAGAAGUCGGAUCAGGAGAUCACGCGAUGCUUAUCGUAGGAUACGGUUCUGACAACGGUGUCGAUUACUGGUUAGUUAAGAAUUCGUUCGGAGUCGAUUUCGGCGAAGAGGGGUACGUCAGGAUGCGUCGGGGGAUCAAUCAGUGCGGGAUCGCCACGUACGCCAAUUAUCCCGUAUUGUGAUACUUCCUCGCUUCGCAAUAAAGCCU